GCGCUAGCGAAUGGCGGAAGAGUAGAGUUGCCCGGCCGCAACGCUAGACAGCCUGGCCGGGUUGGCUGCCGCAACGCGGCGCGUGGCUUUAGGAUGGGACCGCUCGCUAGGCUGGUUACACAAUGCAUUACUUUUGUUAGCCCCGCUAGCAUGGCUAUUGUGCUUACGAUAUUGCUUGGUUUUCCACAGCAUUAUCCAAGCAUGCCUAGCCUGGCAAUCACUUGUGGGGCCAAGGCCUAUUUUGUCAUGUUUGUGGGAAAAGUCAUGAAAUUAAUACACAUAACAGAAUAGGCCCUAGCUAGGCCUACGGUAUCUGCCAGUAGCUGUAUCCCCAGUGUGAUCAAGGGACAGACAUUGACAGUCUGGGAUUUGGGAGGAGAGUGCCUGGACCACGAUGAGGAUAAUAAUCUUAGCUGGCGGUUAUGGAACUCGUCUUCAGAGGGAUUUGCGGAACCAUGAUCCACAGGGGGUGUACAGACACCUUCAGGGCAUGCCCAAAGCACUGCUUCCUAUUGGCCAUCGGCCGCUAAUAUCUCAUUGGAUGGAGACGCUUUGGAAAUGCAGAAGUCAAAUAGAUGAGAUAUAUGUUGUGUGUAACGACUUUUACUUCAAAAUGUUUGAGGAUUGGGCCAAAGAUUGGGAAGAGGCUGUCUUGUUCAACGAUGGCACCGGCACAAACGAGACCAGGCUGGGAGCUGUCGCCUGCAUCUAUUUGCCGGUUGACAGAAUCGGUUUUGAAGACGACGUGACGGUCAUUGGAGGGGACACGCUCUUCAAGGACGACUUUGACUUGGCGUCUGUCUGGCAGGAAUUUAGACGGCGUCAGCAGCAGACCCCAGAUGCUAGUCUGGUGCUGGCCUGUCCCUGCACAGAUGAAGACACGGUGAAAGUGGGCAUCUUGGAGACAGACGACAAAAGAGUGACCGCCUUCUUGGAGAAACCAGGACCCAGCCAAACUACUUCCAGAAAAUCGUGCCCUUGCUUCUACGUCCUGUCCAAAGCCAGUCUGCCGCUCAUCGAGCAAUACUUGGAAGAAAGGAAGGAGGGACCAGUCGAAGGGAGGGACGCUACCGGCAACUUUAUACAGUAUCUUUAUCCAAGGUUGCCCGUUUACACGUAUGAUAUAACUGCAAGGUUUGACGUCGGCGCUCUGUCUUCCUAUAUAUCGUGUCACCAGUACUUUCUUCGCCAGGGCAGUCUCCAGAGCAGAGACGAAAUCAAAAUGUCGAAGCAACAUCCAAAGGGAGAAGGGCAUAUGAUGCAAAAGUCCAAAUCUAAAAGGUUACCAGCGACUUUUCUCCCUGGUUUCCAUGACAAGGGGGCAGUGGAAUGCAUGCGGUACAACACACUUGGGAAAACAGGCCUGGAGGUUUCACUGAUAGGGCUAGGUGGAUCUCCCUUUGGUAGUGUGUUCCAUCCCAUGUCGCUAGAGAUGGGUUCCAAGGUCGUCCGUAAGGCGCUGCAGAGCGGCAUCAACUACAUUGACACGUCGCCGUAUUACGGCAAUCGCAAAUCAGAGACCAUGUUGGGCAAGAUUCUGAAAGACAUACCCAGGGAGGCGUACUACAUCGCCACCAAGGUCGGACGGUACAAGCCCAACGUGGAGGAGAUGUUUGACUUCUCGGCCGAGAAGACGCUGAGCAGCGUGGACGAAAGCCUCCGAUUGCUGGGCCUGGACUAUGCAGACAUCAUACAGGUACAUGAUAUCGAGUUUGCUCCAAACCUGGAUGUUGUCCUUAAGGAGUGCUUACCCGCUCUGGAAUGCGUCAAGAAAGCAGGAAAGGCCAGGUUCAUCGGAAUCACCGGCUUCCCGUUGGACAUGUACAGAAAUAUCCUGGAACGUAGCACUGUGCCGAUUGAUGUAGCUCUUAGUUACUGCCAUCUUACUUUGCAUGAUACGUCUCUACUGGAUCUCAUCCCGUAUUUGAAGGAGAAAGGUCUAGGUAUCAUCAACGCAUCACCCAUCAGCAUGGGGCUACUCACCCACCGCGGUCCCCCCGACUGGCACCCGGCUCCCGCGGCUAUCAAGGAGGCCUGCCGCGAGGCCGCCCUCUACUGCCAGUCACUGGGUGUCGACAUCUCUAAGCUGGCCAUGCAUUACACCCUGUCCCAGAAUGCCACCGACCUCACCUUGGUCGGCAUGGAUACGGAAGAGAUCGUGCGGAGCAACCUGGAAAUUGCACUGGGGACGCUGACGGAACUGGAGAAGGAAACGUUAGAUCAUAUCCUUAAAAGGUUCUUUGAACCCCUGAAAAACAAGAGUUGGGAAGGAAUUGAAGUGAAAAACUACCGUGCCAAGUUGAAAGAUGUGGAGGGAGCGUGCCAUUGAUGUAUUGUGCCCAGACUUCCCGAGGCGUUUUUCCUGAGAAACAAAUGGGUGAAUCCUCCGGAUCACUCCUCCACCAUGCAGGAAACCAAGGACACAUUCUACUCUUCCAGCUGGGCUCUAAAUUCCUCAAUCCGACAAAACUCUCCUAAUGGGUCUCAAAGGCUCAGAGAUGUGUAGGGUCACUUUGAAUGCUUCAUGUCCUUAAAAUUUUGAAAUCGAAGUAUCAAGUUUUACAACAGUUUCUAACAAUUUUACUGAAGGUAUCUUUUUUUUCUUAACAUUUGGGGAAAAAAAUAAUUCUAAGACAUGUAGUGCUCUUAAUUUUUCGUUUCUGUGUCUUUUGUAUUGGCUAUACAAAGACGAGAUGAAGAUUUCGGGGUAAAUGUGUUCUAUACCUUGUUAUUGGCUUUAGGAUGUUCUUCCAUAAUGGUUCUAAAUUUCUUUAUUGGGUUGAUUGGGUGAUGUUCUGUAGUUAUUUUCUCUGAUCAAGUGCAAACUCUUUUGUGGUGUGACAGUUUAAAAGAGUGAAAUAAAAGGAACUUUUCAAAAUAAAAAAGGGAUUCUCGUAAAGGGAGCUGAUUGAAUGAACACCAUGGAAGCAGAGUUGCUGACUCGACUUGUGACUUGACUUGGACAAAAUGACUUGUUACCAACCCAUCAGAUGCUACUCGACCGGCCCCAUAUAGUUUUAUAACUCAUAACCUUGUAAAUUGACGCCUGGUUCUUUUUGCUUAUUACUGCUGGACAAAAUAAUGUGCAGCUUGACUUGUACUUGGAUAAAGAGA